CACGUUUAUGAAUAUCGCAUGUCAUUGGUUAUUUCCAAUGUAUUUUACAUAACCAAUAAGCUGUGAAUACAGGAUCAGAAAUGUUGGCUCAAUAUUCAUAUCGACCAAUCGUCUAUUUCAUCGUUAAAGUCAUAUAACGUUGACAUAUGUAGUGCUUCGCUGCAUACAGAUAUAUCUGUUAAAUUAAGUCUACGUUGUAACUUAAGAAAAGUGGAAUAUUUAAAAUGAAUCACAUUGUGGUGAUACGAAAUUACAGACCUGGCGAUGACAAGAACUGCAAAGAAAUGAUCAGAGAUACCGUAAUGUCGUACAUGAACAGAACAUUUAUUUCAAAUGCAUUCCGGGAAAUAACCUUUCAAUUGACAAUUAUGUUUGCUGCGAUUGCAUUCAUUUUUUUUGGUGUACCAUUCACCACUUGCCUUUUUGCAUUGCCAAUUACUGUUGCUCUAAUUUAUGUUGCAACAUAUAUGGGAUUUGUUCUCAAAACUACUGAACUGGAUAAUGAAGUUUCAAAUAUUUCCAGGAUAUAUAUGAGCAAUAUGUUUUCCAAUUACUGGGUCGCAGAAGUAUUUGAGACAUAUUUGGUCACCCAUCAUUGGAAGGAUGUUUACCAUGUUGUUAUGACAGAGCAGCAAUUUCGUGAAUCCAAUAUUGAUAUCUCAUCGCGAGUGAAAAAAAUUGUAGGAACAAUUGCUUUAACAAAGUGUUAUAGAUCUGACGGAGGUGCAUUUAUAAAGCGUUUAUAUGUACAUAAUCAGUAUAGGAGAUUAGGAAUAGGUUCUUGUCUGAUGGAUGUAGCGAUGCAGUUUGCAAUUAACCAAGGAUACAGAUGUAUUGAUCUUAUAGCUUCUGAAUAUAUCAUGGAAAGCAGAGAAUUGUGUCUUAAAAAGGGUUUUCAACUGAAACAAAUGUACCACAAACCCAUAUUGGGAUCGUUUGUGACGAUUUUAAUGUUUGAAUUAACAUAUCGAAUAAAACCUAAUAUUUCUGAGGAUCCACAUUGUUCUGCCAUAAAAAUGAUUCUUACAAAGUAAAAAUAUUUCGUGUUAUUGCAGUAAUGAUAAUAUAAUGAGUAAGGUGCAAAUAAUACCAAAGUAUUUUGACAAAUUUUUGUCCAACUUAAAGUUUUAACUAAGUAUAUUCAUAUAGUUAAUUUUUGACAAAAGAGUUGAUCUAUAUUACAGAACUGGAAUCUAUAAGUGUAGUCACUAAGUAUUAACUUACUAGAAGUAUAAAAAUCAUAUAAGACCUAUAACAAAGUACACUAGUGGAAUGAAUGAGUACAAAACACAGUAUUUGUACCCAAAAAUAUUGCUUAAAUGCAAUAUUUUAUUUUUUAAAGAAUAAUUCGUUUUACUUCAUUUAAAUUUGAAUCUUUUAGUACUUUGUAUACAGAGAGAAUGAUUGCUAACAAUCUGUAUAAUAAUAAUUAUUAUUAUACAAUUGUAUUUAAAACUGAGAAAAAUAUUGGGCUAACAGAAGUGUAUUAUUGAUUUAUUUCCUUCACACUUUCAAAAGAGAUUUGCAAUAUUCCUAGACUUAUUAUAUUAAUAAUCUGUUCAAACAUACAUGUAAAGAAAUUUAAAAAUCUAUUUUUGCUAUUGCAAAUACCAAACAUUCAUAUACCAACCUUCAAGUCAAGUGAAAAGUGCUCUUGAAAUUAAAGGCUGAAAAACUUGUAGUAUGUACACAUUAUUUAACAGAUUGUAUAAUAAAGGGAGAAGAAAAUGCUGAACCGAACAUUGGAAAAUUAGUAAUUAAAUUAGUAAGUUAGUUUAUUCAAUGUGUUAAUGUCUGUAUAAAUUGUAAACUGUUCAGUGACAAACCGAACUUAAUGUAAUGUUAAGACUUACUUAUACUCCAAUAUGAAAAUAUAAUAUAUAUUUUGUAUGAAUAACAAUAACAGUUUUAGAUAUAAUUACUUUUAUGGAUGCUAUUUGAUCACGAUAUUCAUGUUUGUAUUUUUGAUAUAAGUAGAUUUAAUAUAUUACACCUUUCAGUGUACAAAUACAUUUUCUUAUUUUUUCAUA